AUGGAGAAAUUGAAGACUUUACUAAUCGCGAAUCGCGGCGAGAUCGCCGUUCGCAUCAUCAAAACAGCCAAAGCGCUCGGUAUCCGUACAAUUUCAGUCUAUACUACCGCUGACGCAACCUCAAAACAUGUUUUGGCGGCCGAUGAGGCUAUCCUACUACCAGGAGACGAUUCUACCGCAUACAUCGACGGAGACUCAAUCAUAAAAAUCUCCCGUUCCAAGCAGGUUGACGCCAUCAUUCCGGGCUAUGGGUUCUUGUCGGAAAAUGUGGAAUUUGCAGAAGCCGUCGCCAAGGCCGGUAUGGUGUUUGUUGGGCCCAAAGCCGAAGCCAUUGCAGACUUCGGACUCAAGCAUCGGGCUAGAGAGAUCGCUGUGGCAGCCGGUGUUCCAAUUGUCCCCGGGACGCAGGGACUGCUCGGUACACAGGAAGAGGCGGUGGACGCUGCGAAUAAUUUAGGAUAUCCGGUCAUGCUGAAAGCCACAGGUGGAGGUGGUGGUAUGGGCUUGAUGAUAUGCAAUUCAGCCGGAGAUGUCCGAGAGUCUCUGACGCAAGUCCGCUCCCGAGGAGAAACGUUGUUCAAGAACGCAGGCGUGUUCAUGGAGCGAUACUACCCUGAGAGUCACCACAUUGAGGUCCAGGUAUUUGGUAACGGGCUGGGAGAUGCGAUUCAUGUUGGAGAACGGGAGUGCUCAAUUCAACGCCGUCAUCAAAAGGUUGUUGAAGAGUGUCCCAGCCCUUUCGUGGAAAGGCACCCGGGGCUUCGUGAGAGACUAACCUCUGCGGCUGUCAAUUUGACCAAGUCCAUACGCUACGGCUCUGCAGGUACCGUGGAAUAUCUGGUCGACGACGCCACAGGAGAUUUCUUCUUCCUUGAAAUGAACACUCGUCUUCAGGUUGAGCACGGUAUUACUGAACUCUGCUACGGACUGGACUUGGUGGAGCUCAUGCUUCAACAAGCCGAUCGGGAGUUGUGCGGUCAUGGAGGUCUGGACAAGGGCUAUCUGCACUCCUUGCAGCCCGAAAAGCCUGUAGGUUGUGCAAUCGAAGUUCGAGUGUAUGCAGAGAAUCCUGCACGAAACUACGCUCCAUCUCCUGGGUUGCUCCAACAUGUUGAAUGGAAGGAGCUGGAGGGCACUCGGAUUGACACAUGGGUCGCUCGCGGAACCCGAAUUUCCACAUAUUACGACCCCAUGAUCGCAAAGGUGAUGGUGCAUGAUACCAACCGCACCGGGGCCAUUGAGAAAUUGGCCGAGGUGCUCUCACACUCAACCAUUUGUGGACCACCGACAAAUCUGGAGUUCUUGCACUCUAUUGUUCAGUCCAGUAGAUUCAAGACGGGGAAUACCUUGACCAACUUUUUGAAUGACUUUGUGUUCAGCCCUACUGCAAUUGAUGUCAUUUCACCUGGGGUGUACACAACAAUUCAAGAUUAUCCAGGGCGCCCAACAGCGGGGCGAGGAAUUCCCCAAGCAGGACCAAUGGAUCCUUUGGCAUUCAGAGCUGCCAACAUUCUAGUUGGGAAUCCUUCUGGUACGGAAGGACUAGAGUUCACAUUAAAGGGACCAGAACUACGUUUCUUGGCUCCUGCAUGCGUAUCUGUCUGCGGUGCUCCGAUGGACAUGAAACUUGACGGUACUGACGUCCCAAUGUGGACUCGACUCUAUAUCAAAGCCGGCCAAACGUUGUCUAUUGAAAAGUUGAGUGGGCCUGGAGGCUGUCGAGCCUACCUUGCUGUCCAGGGAGGAUUUCCGGCCAUCGCCCCAUAUUUUGGGUCAAAGUCAACCACUCCUCUACUCGGGAUUGGUGGGUAUCAAGGAAGAGCCCUUGCUCCAGGAGAUAUGUUGGCUAUUGCGACGCUCGAUGCAGUCGAGACGGAGCGCGAGAUCUCAUUGCCUGCUCACUUGCGCCCCGACUACUCCACUCAUUGGGACAUCUAUGCCAUGGUUGGACCGUACGAUGAGGGCUACAUUGUAUCCGAAGAUAUUGACAUGAUCUAUGACACAAAGUGGAAUGUCUCGCACAGUGCCACAAGAGGUGGAAUCCGUCUGAUUGGACCUACUCCAAGAUGGGCAAGGGAAGAUGGAGGUGAGGGUGGCCAGCACCCUAGUAACGUCAUUGAAUAUGGCUAUCCGAAUGGAGCAUUGAAUUGGACAGGAGACAGUCCUGUCAUCUUCCCCGUGGAUGCCCCUGAUCUGGGCGGUUUCAUUUCCUCCACCACAAUUGUGAAAGGCAGCCUUUGGCGUAUGGGCCAACUCAAGUCUGGCGACACAUUACAAUACCACAGAGUAUCUUUGGAAGACGCCCUCAAGAUGAGUGCUCAAUUAGAGAUGUUUUUGGAAAACCUGUCGGCACUUGUAGCUGGCCAGUGCAGUGCGGAUACCAUCGAGCCAAUUCCAACUUCCUUGCCACAGUCGACUAUCUCUGGCAGCUGGGGAAAGUCAUUGGUUCAUCGCACCGAACUGAAAGAAUCCGAGAUCGAUAUGAUAUUCAGACAGGGCGGGGAUGAGUUCUUGUUGGUUGAAUUCGGUGACGGGGUAUUCAAUCUCAACCACCGUUGCCGUGUGACAGCGUUGGAGAAGGCCUUCAACAAGGCUCGAAAGUCAGACGAAGCUUUGAAUCGAAGUGUCUACAAGACCAUUGGCUGCUGCAAUUCGCUCCAAAUACACUAUGAUGGUUCAAAGCUCUCUCAACGCAGCCUUGUCAACAUUAUGGUAUCGCUUCAAGAGAACAUUAGCGAUCCCAGAAACUCAAAGGUUCCAAGCCGAAAGUUCCGUCUGCCCAUCUGCUUCGAGAGCCCGGCUCAAGAGGAAGCUAUUAAACGAUAUAUGGAGACACAAAGGCCAUACGCUCCGUUUUUACCAAGUAACAUGGACUUCGUGGCCAAGAUAAACGGAAUUACGCGUGAUGAAUUGAUCGAGAUAUUCCUUUCAGUUGAGUUCAUGGCUAUCUGUGUCGGAUUCGUCUGUUGCGAUACCAUCUGUCUCCCGAUUGAUCCCCGCUAUCGCUUGAAUUGCCCCAAGCAGAAUCCUAGCCGUGUGUACACUCCAGAAGGAAGCGUCAGCUGGGGUGGAUCAUGCAUGAACAUCUACCCCGUCGACGCCCCUGGAGGAUAUCAGAUGACGGGCCAAACCAUUCCCUGUUUCGACCAGUUGGGAGUCAAACCGGGCUUCUCGCCGGAUGAGCCGGGCCUCUUCCGCGACUUCGACCAGAUCACUUUUUACCGAGUACAGAAGGACGAGCUUGAACGUGAUAUGGCUCGUUUCCGAUCCGGUAGUUAUGAAUUCCAGUACGAAGACGUCACUUUCGAUAUGGCCGCCCACAACCGUCUCCUGGAGCAGACAACAGACGAAGUAGCAGCAUUUAAGUCUGGUCAGGCCACCGCACAGGCAAAAAUGUUGGCAUUGGAGAAGGAAUCCAUGGACAGGUGGAUGGCCGAGAAGGCCCAGAACAAGGUUCCUGACAAUGAGAUUUCACUACUGCGACAAGAUCCUGAUAUCUUGACACUGUACGCUCCUCUCGAUGCAAACGUUUGGAAGGUUAAUGUUGCAGACGGGGAUAACGUUUCCUCUACGCAAGUUGUUGUCAUUCUUGAGGCAAUGAAAAUGGAAGUCGCGGUCUCUUAUAAUGGAGACAAGAAGGAUGCGGCCGAUCUCAAGCUCAAGGUUGAGAAAGUGCUCGUCCAGCCGGGCGAUACAAUUCGCGCCGGAGAUACACUGGCAUUCCUAAGGAAUAUUUAA